GGCUGGGAAUAUUUUGCCUAGGUGGUACCCCUAAGAAGCCUCAAAAUUAAGCCCUUUUAUAUAGUAGGAUAAAUAAAUAUAAUUGAAAGAUGAUGAUUCUUCAAUUUCUCAUGUUCAGUGUGACUCCUCUGAAAAGUGAGUACGAACAAUCCGACACAUUUCAUGAAAUCGCCGACGUGUUUGUUCCGACCAAUUUAAUAUUUACCAUUUUUAUUCAAUGGGCCUAAAACUAAACCCUGUUUAUUUUUAAACCCCAAUACCUUUUUUAUUUUGGGCAAAAAGCCCAAUAUAUUUUUAAUUAUUGGUUAGGAACGAGAGGAGAGGAGAGGUGUUGUUAUCAAGACUGUCGCAUUUAGCUAACGACUAUUAGACCUAACCAAAUAAAAAUCACAUCAUUUCAAUUCCCAUUAACCUAAAUUCAAGUGUAGUGAACGCCAAGAAUCUAACACCCUAUCUACAUUACUAUAUAAACCCAAAAUUAAAAGCAAUGUUUUCACUAAUUGUGUUUCAUUCUCGUGUAAUUAUGGAGAGAGAAAAUGGUUGUAGAACCGUCUUAGGUGGUCGUGCGGAGAUAGACACUAGACCACCGUUUGGAUCCGUGAAAGAAGCUGUGGCUUUGUUCGGAGAGAAAGUUUUAGCCGGAGAGGUCUAUGCAACUAGGUUUAGAGAGGUAACUCAUAUUCCAACAAAGUCAACGCCUUGUCCUCAACCAAGAUUACGAUCGCUAAAACUCGAGCUCGAGCAGACGAAACAUACUCUUACAAGAAUCCUACAACAAAACACCAUCCUCUCCAACCGGAUUCAAACCCUAAUACAAGAACUCGAACAUGAGAGGAAAGAAAUUCAACGACUCAACAUGAUAAGGUCAAGUCUCCUAGAGAAUCCAGAGAUCGAGGAACUCAAGUUCGUGGAACAUCAUCAAACGAGGACGUCCACAGAUGUUGAAGAAGAGAUUGUAACGAUGGAGGAGUUUGAAAAGAGGAGACUGGUCACGUUCCCGAGCUCUCCUCUGCUUACACGUGUGAUGUCAAGCGUUGAGGAGGAGAUGAAGGAGAAAGAGAAGGUUUUGGAAAGGGUUUCUUCGGUGAAGAAGAUGAAACCAAAGAGGGGGUUCGCUAUGUUCAAGGGAUGGUUUAGAACAACCCGUGGAAGAGACUGAUCAGUCUCCAAUAAUGCAUACUGUUAUAUGAUAUAGUUAAAUUUGAUGAUGAACUGAUGUGUAUCAAUCUCGCUUUAAGAUUUUGAUGAAUACAUUUUUUUUUUUUUGAAACUUAAAUGAAUAAAACUUUUAUGGUAUAAGUAUUAGUUCAUCUUGUGCCGAUCAAUCAUUGAUUCUUUACUACUUAUUUUAUUAGAUUGAACGUUUAUACACAUUUUUCUCGUCAACAUUAGAAUGUGUAUAUUAUAUAGACUAGGUAGAUGGCCCAUGUCAUAUAUGAAUAUGAUCCUGUCUUGGUUAUUUGAAUUUGACUGAGAUUUUCGCGAUAGACAUAGACGCUCCAGAAUAACAAUAAUUAGUUAGGCUAGACACUUUAGUUCAAAAGGGCAAGAAACAAUAUUUGAUUACAGUGGAUCAUAUUUUGAGUUGGGAUCUAUGAUUCAAGUUAUUGUUUUUAGUGUAUGAAUUAAGUUUUUUUUUCAUUGUGGAAAUUGUCUGCAUUGCCAACAUUUAAGUCAUGUUUCUCCUAAUUGACUCCACCAUCUUGGAAUAGAAUAUAGCAAGUUCUCGGUGAAAAAGUUUAGGUUGAGCUUCUCAAAUAUCGCAGUUUUGGCUAUCAUCUCAAAUUCUCCACUCUCCUCAAAUUGGUGUUUACUGUUUAGUUCCCUCUUCUUUCGAUUUGUCGAUUAACCUUCUUGGGCAUAUCCUACUUCGGAUUUUCCUCGAGUUUGACCACUAAUACCAAUUUUUUUUUGUAUAUUUAAUCUAGAUUAAUUUUUAGGAAAGUUUACUAAAAUGACACAAAUUAGUUAUGUUAUUACUAGAAUGACUCAUAUUUUUUGAAAUUUAUUAAAAUAUUUUUUGGUCGAAAUUGCCCAUACACAUAGUUAUAACAAAAAAAACAUUAUCCAAAUGCCCUUAUUAUUUAAUCGACGGCCGAUUUGUUUUCAAAAAAAUAAAUCUAUCGACCAAUAAGUCUAUUUAUAAAAUCUGUGUAGAAAAAAAAACUACUAUUAAAGUGGUGGCAGAUUUUUUAGAAAGCGUCAGAUUUGUUCACACGGCAGAUUUAAUUGUCAGAUUUGAUUAAAAAACAGAUUUUUAAGAAUAUGUCUAUCGAGUAUGGUAGUAGAUUAUUUCUAAAUGGUAGAUUUAUGUGGUCAACUUAUUUUUUUCUGGGUAGAUUUACUUUUUGUGAUCGACUUAUUUUCUUAAGGCAGAUUUAUAUAGCCGAUUUAAGAUUGUUGACAGACUUUAUUUUUAUGAAGUGGCAGACUUUUUCUUUACGUGAUAGCAGACUUUUUGUUUAUGUUGCGGCAGAUUUAUUAACGAAAAUCUGGGUUUAUGAACAACAAUUUUAAUUUCGACCCGGUUUACUAAUAAUUCCGAAUCUGGUUUAGUUUUUAGGUUAAUUAAACUCAGAAUUAGAGAAAAUUUUGUACUUGUCGUCAUCUCUUUCAUCCCUCUUCUCUUCCUUUUCAAGUUGUUUCUUUUCAUUCUAUUUUAAACACUUGUUGCAAUCCUUAUUGGUUGGAGAAACAUGGAUCACAUCAUUCUGGUCUGUGGAAAGUGGAAAUUUGAAAGAAAAAAAUGGUUAUUUGAAGUGGAUAAUGAUCAAGGUAGUAAAUUACUUGCAGCUAACGAGGAAACUAGAUAUGAAGAUUUUGUGAAAACCAUAUAUGAGGAUUAUGAAGUUGAUUUCGCAGAACACGAGUUGGAGCUAACGUACGUUUUGCCAAAACCUAAACUGGUCAAGGAAAACCUCGAUACCCCUCCUGUGAAAGUAAGAAACGAUAGGCAAUUUCAUGUAUUUUUGUGUCUUCACAAAGUCGAAAACGUUAGACUCUGUGUAGAGUUUAAACUGAAGAAAAAAGAGGUUGAAGAAGCUAGCAAAGAACCAGAAGAAUUCCUGCAAAAAGAUGACCCAUUGUUGGCAGAGGAUGAAGAUUCAGAUGAAGACAAUGAUCGAUUUGAUUACUGCAACGAUUCUGAUGGAGCAACGUCUCAUGACGAAAACUUUACCUCAUAUGGGUUUCCGCCAGACCAAGUACAAGAGAGUCAGGGAUCUCCUACAAAGAUGAGUUCAGCGACAGUCCUAAAGACACCAAAAGGAGAUUGUACGCAUAAUAGGUUCGACUUGAGCUCUUUCAAACUGGAAGUGGGGCAGAGUUUUGAUUCAAAAGAUGCAUUGGCUACACGUCUGAAGAUCUGUUCAGUCGUCCACAAAUUCGAUUUUGAUGUGGAUAAAUCUACCCCUACGCUGUGGUUUGUAAAAUGUUGGGUAAAAGGAUGUACGUGGAAGCUUAGAGCUACACCAGUAGGUGAAUCUUCAAGGUUCACAAUCCGAGUAUAUGUAGAUGAACAUUCCUGCUCAGUAACAGAGCGUUCGUCUCGUUCUCGACAAGCUACUCCUGAAAUUCUUGGCCUCUUGUACAAAGACUAUAUUGGUGGGGUUGAUCGAACUACUUUACCACGUCAUGUUGAGAGUGCUAUGAACAUGAGCUUCGGAAUCAAGGUUUGUUGACUACGCUUUUUACAUUGAAUCUAAUGUCUUAUCUGACCUUACUUGUUUUUGACCUUGGUGCUGUUUAUUGUAUAUCGCAGAUGGAUUACUGGAAAUCUCAUCGUACACUUAUAGUUGCUAGAGAUCUCGUAAUGGGUUCAUCGGAGAAUGGAUAUGAGGAGUUACCUUCUUACCUGCACAAGAUUAGAAUGGUAAAUCCUGGGACCUUAGCUCGACUGGAAGUUGAUGCAAACAAUAGAUUUAAGUACUUAUUCCUUGCAUUCAGCGCUAGCAUUACUGGCUUCCCAUUUAUGAGAAAGGUUGUGGUGGUUGAUGGUACUUUCUUGCAAGGAAAAUACAAAGGAACGCUUCUCAUUGCAACAUCACAGGAUGGUAAUUUUCAGAUAUUUCCAAUAGCAUUUGCUGUGGUUGACACAGAGAAUGAUGAAUCAUGGACAUGGUUCUUCCGUCAACUCAGCCGUGUGAUACCCGAUGAUGAAGGAUUGGCAUUAAUUUCUGACAGGCACAAGUCAAUAAGGAAGGCAAUUUCAGUGGUCUAUCCGUUGGCUAGCACGGGAAUUUGCACGUACCACUUAUAUAAGAACAUCUUAUUACGGUACAGAGGACGUGAUCUGUUUGGUUUGGUCAAAAAAGCUGCGUACUCUUUUAGGUUAGCUGACUUUGAAGCAAGCUUCGAGACGAUUAAAGGGUUAAAUCCAGAUUUACAUGCAUAUUUGGAACGUGCUGAUGUGUGUAAGUGGGCUCGAGCGCAUUUUAGAGGUGAUAGAUAUAACAUCCUUACAAGUAACAUAGCUGAAUCCAUAAACAGAGCUUUGUCAGAUGUGAGAAGCUUGCCAAUUGUUCGCCUUUUAGAGUCUAUCUGAUUAAUGAUGACACGUUGGUUUGCAACAAGAAAACAUGAUGCUGACUUGAUGAAAACUUCUCUGACUCGUGGUGUGGAGAAGUUGUUGGAGGUAAUAUAUAAUCAAUUUUUUUAUUUCGGUAGACUGGUUUCUAAUAACAAUACUUUACCAUUUUCAGGGCCGUAUACCUAUUGCUAAUCUAUUAAAGGUUCAAGCUAUCGACAUUCAUCAGUCACAAGUGAUGGGAGUCUCAUCUUUACAUGUUGUAAACCUUACAGAAAAAACAUGUUCUUGCCGUAGAUUUGAUUUGGAGAAGCUACCAUGUGCUCAUGCUAUAGCUGCUGCGGAAGCUAGAAAGAUAUCACGUAUAUCACUUUGUCACAAGUACUAUCGGACGCAGUACCUUUACAAUGCAUAUUUCACUCCUGUUAUGCCCAAUGCAGCUGAUGUUCCAAUUCCAGAAGAAGUUGCAAAGAGGAUCUGUUUGCCGCCUGAUGUCCGCCAACCACCGGGAAGACCCAAAAAAUCAAGACAUAAAUCUAUUUUGGAGAAAGUUGCAGACAAGAAGCGGCCAAGGAAGGAACACACAUGUAGAAUUUGUAACCAUGUGGGACACAAUUCUACAACAUGUCCUCUUAAGUGAUGAGUAUUCUAUUUAGUUUCUUGGUAUACUCUUUUGGUGUUUCAUUACUAUUUAGUUCAUUUCCUAUUAAGUUUUUUUAAAAAAUAUAUCAGAACUAUUUAACCAUGGUCUAGAUCCUUAAGAAUCCUGCGUGCGAAAGUUGAACUGAAGAAGCAUAGUAAGAGGACGAAUCCAAAGCAUUUGCCUUGGUGUCCCUUUGCCAUUUUAUUUUCUAGAAAAUAAGUUGAUUAUGCUUUACAUUCCCGAGUAAAGAACCACCUCAUGGUUUUAUAGUAUAUUAGAUUUUACUUUAAACAAAACACAUCCUCAUAAACGCAAAGCCAAAAACCAUCAAGUUAUACAUCCGCUAAAGCCAAAAACCAUCAAGUUAUACAUCCGUCUAAAACCAAAAAAACAUCAAGUUACAUCUCUAAAGCUAGAAACCAAACUAUUCGGCUGUCUUAGUCACCUCCUCAUAAAUAUCUCCUGCCAACUUCAAGUGCAAUUGUGUUAUUGAUCAUUCAAGCCAUCAAAGUUACGUCCAAGAGCUAGACAUUCAAUGUACAUCAAAGAGUACACACCGCAAUCACCGCAUGUCAUUAACAAAAUAAAUUAAAAAAAAGACAUUUUUCUAUUACUAACUACAAGAACAUUUUGUACAUACCAUAUCAGAUGCUUCACUUCCAUCAGCAGGUUCUUUGUCUUUUCUUCGCAUAGUAGAAGGCCUCUGGUUUGGAACAACAGAUGCGGCAACACCAUUUUUUCUCUUCUGGCAUUUGGUAGUGGGCACUGCAUCCCAAAACUUCUCAUUUAGCUGACCAUUAAGGAUGUCUUUUAUCAUGUUGUCCAGAUCAGUAUAGAUUUUAUCAUUGUCCCACUUCGGAUAUAUAUCCUCCACUGGCUUCAUAAUCAUAUGCCUCACACGAACCUGCAAAGUAAUAUACAAGAUUAGUAAGACACAAAAUUUAAAUGGAAGAAAUACUACUUGUGUUUAUACCUUUGGAUAUUUUCUCUUUUCUUGGGCACAAAAAUCUGAAAAAUUUAUACGCGUACGAGAUCCCUUCCAUGACAGAAGAGGAACAUCAGCUCCAUCAAUCCGAUUCCCAUAUAUUUCUCCUAAACCAGGGACAGACUCAUAAACCCAUAUUAACAGCACAUGAACACAGCCGUGAAGUGUGUAACUCUUCUCUGCUUCAUAUGUGAGUACUUUAAUGGAAUCGACAAGGCUGCUAAAUCCAAUACGGCCCCAUGGAUAUCGCUGGAAAGCUGCAGUGUCCAUCACCCUUUUAGCACAAUGCAAAGGAAUUCUGCUGUUGCUUGAAAUGCCAAAUAUUCCAAUGGAUAGCAGACACAACAAACCAAUCAUCACUCGCUUCUCUCGAGGCCAGUUUCUGCAAAUCGGCAAUAUGGCUUGCAACUCUAGCAAUGUAGGUCCAUCUGAUGUCGGAAUGUUCAUCUCCAGCCAAAACUCUUGAUGGUCAACAUCCCAAACGUCAUGCUUGUCGAAAGGAUCACAAUUCAGACCUGUAAUCUCUCCAAACUCAUACAAAGAGAAACGCAAUGGCAUAAAAUCAUCUAUCAAAGACCAAAUCUCAUGACUGCUCUCAAUUGCCAAUUGAUUGGCAAGAAAAUGGUGAACAACUUUCGCAGACCAAAUAUAAGGCAGCUCUUUCAGCUUCACAAUAACUCCAAUAGCUGAUUCCCUCAACUCAGACCAAACAUCUUCCCCAAGUUCUUCUCUCACGGUUUGAAUGUUGGAGAGAUAACAACUAUGGUUCAUGCUCCUACUCUGAACUGGGGUUUUCCCAACCUCAUACAAACGACGAGGAUACUUUCUUAUAUCCGAAGAAGAAACCGUACCUGAAAAAUAAAGUACUUAACAAGUUAGUUUCUUGUCUAGAAACAUUCUCUGAUCAACAGACUGUCAUAACCAAACUUUAAUAACAGAAAAAAAAAGUCUUGAAAUUUCAAAGUGAAAGAAUGUUGAAAUUGGGAUUUAGGGUUUUCGAAAUCAAACAUCUGAAUCAAAAAAUAUGUUAAAAAAGUGUAAUAACUAGUGGUAAUUGAAUUGAUUUAGCACUUACAGUUGAAAUUGGGAUUCAUCUCCUACCCAAAUCAAAGCCGAUUGCGACUUGAGGAGGAGGUGUCGACCACGGCUGUGAAGGAGGAGUUGUCGACGGCAGUUGUGACAGAGGAGUUGUCGACGGCGGCUGUGGCAGAGGUCUUGACGACGAUGGCUGUGACAGAGAACUCAGACGACGGAGAAGUAGAUGUCGUCGUGAGAGGAAGAAAGAAAAGGUUUGUUUCUAUUUUUCUUUUUUUUUUGUCGAUAUGUUUUACUUUUUUUUAGUGGCAAUUUUGUAGUUAAUCAAAUUAGUAAUGGGCUUUUAGUACUUUUGCUUAUCCCUCAUUUUAGUCUAGUAAUUUAAUUUUAAUAUGAGUUAUUGUAGUAAUUUUAAGAUGAAUGUGAGUUAGUCUAGGUAAUUACUCUUAAUUUUUAUUAUUUAAUAAUAACUUUUUGGUAAAAGAAAUUCAAAAAAAAGAAAAAAACAAAAUGUUUUCUGUUUUAAAAUGGCAGAUUCUGUCCCGUUUGAAUCCAAGCCUCAGGCCAUGUUUAUUGCAGGGUUCUUAUGGUGAAGUUCUUAACGUAAUAUAAGAACUCUCAAUAAACAUGCCCUCAAUAAAACAACAAAAGUUUUACCUAAAUUUUAAUCGUAAAUACGCAAAAUUAUUAUAAAAUGGUGAAAAAAAUCUUUAUGAAAAUUGUGUGUGAUUGGACCACUAUUUUUUUAAAUCACAUAUAAAUGCUUUGUUGAUAGGCGUACUUUGGAAAGCUAAACAAUAUGGAUUCGAAACAAUCCCACGAAACUAAAUAUAUGUGGCCAACCGUAAACAAUACAUUUCCUUAUGGAUUAGUCGAGGUCUUUCAUAGGUUUGCAAUAUUUCUAGGUUAAUAAUUUUUUUUAAGUCCUUAAUCGUCUAACAGAAGUCGAGUCCAUCAUUUCGAGACCAUGUACAAUGGUUUCAACACCUGUUUCAUUUUCAACACCUUCUUUUUCUCUUUUUAACAAUCCACAUCACAUUUUCUCUCUCUUCCAUCUAGUUUAUACAACACUCACUUCAUUUUUAACCUCGACAAUGAUUUGUUUAAAAAAUUCAACACCUUACCCACUAUUCUUAAUUCAUAUGUUUAUUUUUUAUAAUAUAAUAAUUACAUAUUUAUAAUUUGAUUGUAAUUACCUUAAAAACUAGUUAAACAGAAAAUUAGAAGAAUUUUGGUGGUUAAACAGAAAAUUAGAAAAAAUUUGGGUGGUUAAACAAAAAAUUAGAAGAAUUUUGGAUGUUAAAGGAAUUAUUAUAGGGAUCCAUUUAACAAUUUUUUU